AUGCAACUAGUCGUGUGUGGGUAUAAUUCGGCAGGAAAAACGUCGUUCUUGCAUAGUUUUCUCAAAUAUGGCGCGUUUCUACCGACUGGAGAUGGCGCCGUAACGGGUCGUAUUGUGAAAUUCUCCUAUGCAUCACCUGAUGAAAGGCUAUCAAAGAACAUUUGGAACGUCCAACGUACAACAUUUUAUCAACACAGCAGGGCAACACAGCAAGCAACACAGCAGGGCGCAAUUGAUCGGAUUAUUCAAUUUGCAGCCGAGCACGAUUUACAGGGCACUAAAUAUGUUAGUAAAAUCAUGUUAGAUGCUAUUGACGCCUUCUUCGAUUUCGUACUUGUCACCAAUCGACGUUCACCUGUUGAAUGGGAUCGACUACGAGAACAGGCCCUCAACUGGUCCGAUGAAUUCUUUCAUCAGUAUCGCGCCAAAAUUGAUACAAUGGCAAAGGAUAUUGAAGUACAUGUACUUCAGAAAUUCCAUGAACGACGCGAUCGUAUGGAAGAAAACGCUUUCAUCACCUACAAAAAAGGAUGGUAUACUCCGGCGAAAUUCCUUAUGAAAAUGUGCCCGAACUAUAGCAUUCCGGAACACGAUGAGUUGGCUAAUGAAAGAAAACGUAUUAUUUACUCGGCUGUCGAAGAAGAAGUAGUCAGACCCGUGCUGAAACAAAUAAUCAGCAAAAUGAAUAUUGAAAUGAAACAACUUACCAUUGAACAAAGCACGGUUGUAUUAUCGACUAAGAACGAGCUACUCUGUGCAGCAUUUCACGAGGUGUUAACAAAUUCUGUUGAUCUGAGCAAAUUGUUCACGGUUUGUAGUUACAAUUUUGAUCGAAUCUUCACCGAAAUUAUGUGUUUCGUUUUGUCCAGUGUGCUAUUCGCCAGGCUAGUAGCUCUUCGUGUACAGUUUAGCCUACUUGGCAUACACCAUGAUAAUGAAAUAAGAAAGGAGCAAAAUCAAAAAAAUGCUAUCAGGCAUUGUUUAGUUGAUGUCGAAGAUCAUUUAUCUAAUAUAAGCGAAUUAAUGGAACCAAAACUGCGCAAGUGGCUUGAUGAUAACCGCAAACAAUUCAAACUCAAAGUGGAUACCUAUCAUAACAUCGUUCAAAAGACCAAGCAACGUCGAGAGAAAGCUUACAAAUUGAGUCGUACAUUUUCUGGACGUUUUGCUCGUAUCGAAUGUCGCCUCGUUGCUAAUCUUGAUUUGGCUAAACAUCAUGGAACUGAACCUAUGAUCGGCAGUGAAUCACUCGGUCAGGGUGGCUUCUUCAUUGUUCACCCAGCUUCCUGGGGCGUUAAUCAACAACUAGUUGCCAAGAUACCUCGUGAUCCUGUGACAUAUCCCGACAUGGUUUACUUGGAAGCACACUUUCAUCGUACUAUUACACGUCUUCGAAUUGAACACAUGGUACCACUUCGUUAUCUAUUCGAAAAAGAAGAACAACAAGCACAAGCAGCAGCAUCCGUUGAACAGAAACAACUCUUCAUUCUGUUGCCUCGUUAUCGAACCAAUUUACGUACGUAUUUAGUUACAAAUAUUUGCAAUAUAUCAAUAGACAGAGUCGUACAGAUUGUACUUGAUAUUGCCCGUGUAAUUGCACAUAUGCAUUCUUAUGAACUUGUGCAUCGAGAUGUGAAAACCCUCAACAUUUUGCUUGAUGAUCAUGAACAAGUCUACCUAGCCGAUUUCGGUACAUGUCAACAUGGCACAGAGAAUGUAACAGUGAUCGGAUCGCGUCCAUUCGCUCCCGAGCUUAGCUCAGAUCAUCAGUUCUCAUAUGAUGGAGCAGCACUUGAUGUUUAUUCAUUGGGCAUACUUAUGUAUGUAGUUACACCUAAACGCACCUAUGUUGAACUGACACGACCAAUCACUGAGACUGAUGUCAACAGUCUUGAUCAAACUCUUGUUCCUGAUAGUUUUCGACAAUUAAUACUUCGUUGUGUCGAUGUGGAUCCUAAGAAACGUCUUACUGUAUCUCAAGUUGUGCAGGAAUUAGAGAAUAUCGCCAAUCAAGUGGCCAACUCUAGACCAUGUCUUGUAUGCUUAGAUCAGCCACGGUAUCGACGCUGCUUGCCAUGUGGUCAUAAGACCAUGUGUAACACAUGCCUCACUCAGAGACAACAAACAAACCCCAUGUCUGAAUGUAUUCUUUGUCGAAAAGUGUUUACAAGCACACAGGAAGAUGCUAAUAUGCACACAAUUGAAGCUAGUGGCACAAAACUAGCAGAGUAG